UUUGCCAUGAACCUCUGUUUCAUGCACAUUUGGCUCAGACACAGCCUUUGCUUUAAACACAUCCCUUGACCAUCUUUCAUUAUUAUUGGCAUCUUCAUAUGUGCAAUGAACACCACUAAAUGCCGUGCUUCAGUGAUAUCACAAAGUGAAAGAAGCUUAAACCUCUCCUGGACUAUAGAUGAUAGCUUCCCGCACAAGGAGCACGAAUGGAUUACAAACCCUCCCAACAUGGAGUUGAAGUUAUUUUUUAUCCCUGCAGCCACUUGUUUCAUUGUGGCCGCAUUCGCUACAGCUGCUGUACUGUUGACCAUUUUAUCCACCUUCAGCUUACGGAAAGAGACAAGGUUCAUUCUCAUGGGGAAUGCAUUGCUUUCUGACUUGUUGUAUCUUUUUCUAAACACCACUGCCGGCAUAUGCAAUGUGUCCAGUGUGAAGGUUUCCAAGGAAGCGUGUGCUCUGAUUCUCUUCUUUCUUUCCGUCACCUACGGCGGAGGAGUCCUCACCACAGCUCUCAUGGUGGUCGACACGUACUUGGCUAUUCUGUGGCCCUUGCGCUAUUCUUCCAUAUUGCCCCCUUCCAGAACUAAGAAGUUAAUUGUGUUUUUGUGGAUCACAUCUUCUUUCUCCUCAGCAGUAAUGUUUUUAGUCUUACACUUUACCCGGAACCCAGACACUUGUCACCCGGAUUCAUGCUCACUGCCUUUAAUUUUUGUCAUGACCCUGCAUGCAGAAUCAGCAAUCCGUCUGUUCCAUAUUCUCUGCAUUACUGCUUUCCUCUUGUGUUUCUCAUUGAUUAUCUGCUGCUACGUGUUCCUCUGCUAUAAAACCAGACAAAGUGGGGUAUGGAAAAGUGUCUCCUCCAGAGCCAAUAUCACCUUCAUGAUGCAUCAUUUCAUUUUAUUUUCUUACUACCUUCCGCUUUUGCUUCUCCUGGCAGAAUCCGUGCUGUAUAUUAAUAACACCAUAGGCUACAGAACAAGUUUGUUGGCAACAUUUACAAUCUGUGAUGUUUUGAUUGUCUUACCUAAAUGCAUCUGCCCAUAUCUGUAUGGCUUCAGAUACAGGGAAAUAUACAGAUCACUCCAGUUGUUUCAUGCAUUCAAGCUCCACAUUCUAGUGAAGCCGAAGAAUAGACUUGUUUUGAGCCGAGACACAUGACAGCAAUGGAGAUCCUUGUGGCAUUACAAAUAUCUAGAAUCACUGAGGAAAUAAGGAAAACAAUUUAAGAUUCCUUUGUUGGUGGAUUUGGUGGAUUUUGGUAAGAGGGCACAGUACCCCAUGUUGCUCAGUAGCUUCAUGUUGUGUUUUAGGUGUUUCUAGUCAACAAAAGGUAAAGGUGCCACAAGAAACCAUUGCAGAUCAACUCACCAAGUCGAAUAAGUGGACAAGGAGCCCCAGACCCUCAUUAAGGGAGCGGAAAUACCAACGGCUCAUGGAGGUGUUCAUGUUUUAAUUCAACUUUAUUAAAGAGGAUUUUUAACUUGUGGCCCUUUGGAUUCCUAGUGCCUGGGAGCCCCCAUACUGGUUCUGAUACUGACUGGUGUUUUAGAUGUUCCCAACUGUGGCACUGGGCAAGGGACACUGAAAAUAGUUUCCUGCCUAAAGGGAUAUGACAGCACUUUGUCAGUUAUUAGAAUAGUCAUCUGUGGCACUGUCACAUAUUAUUACAAUCCAUGUUACACUCCCUAGGAAUUAGGGGUUCUGGGCCAACAAACAAAAUGGCAGCACCAGAUUUUAAGAUGGUUUUAAAAAUGAAAAUGUA